AAAAACCUAUAUAAAGAAGAAGAACCCUUAAGCAGCAAAACAAUGAUAUCGUUUAAAUGUAUGUUUGGCAUAUUCACACGGUUUUUUCUAGUAUUUCGCUUAAUUUAGAGGAGACUUUUUGCAGUUCCAGUUGGAUAGACACCACGUCUUCCUCUGGGUCUGUGUUUGUGGUUGUCAGGCUAAUAACAGCUAACAGCUACUCAAACUUUUCAGCACCGACCUGAGAAGAAAAUGGACUCAGAGGUUUUAACGGCCACGUCCAAAGGUGAUUCUUUAUCUCUGGCAUCGCUGCGCCUUCUGGUUCCUCCUUUGCAGCUCAUGACAGCCUCGAUGUGGCAGGUGCUAAGGCAACAUGAUGUGAUGAACUACUGGAAGGUGGCAGAGUUUGUCUCAUUGGUGAUGGAUAUAGUUCCUGAGCUGCUAAUUUAUAAGCACAGGACUCAGCUGAACCUAGGAUUAAGAGCUAGAUAUAUUAUUGAGUUGUGCCGAAGUGAACAGCUUGUGAAACCUGAGUUGAUCCUGCCUUACCUGGACAAGUUUAAAUCACCACAUGCCACCCCAUUAGAUGUAGAAGCUUCAGAAGCAGAGGAUGUAGCUGUUAACGUUCUUGAGUUGAUUCAGACUCUCCUCAAAGACCCUGAAGAGAGACAAAACUUUUUCAUGGAGGUCUUCCCUGCAGAGUUUGGAUCUCAGUAUGACCGUGACCUGCAGACACUCUUUUGGGAGUUCCACUGUCGACUGACUCAGCUGUUACCUGUUCCUGACCUUGAGGAGACUGUUUCCUGGCUCAGAGCCGAAUGCUCUGUGUUGGAGGAUUGUGUGCAUUCAGUCUCUGAACCUGCAGACCUAAAAAAUCUGCUUCAACACCACAAAAAACUUGGGCAUUUAGAGCAACAUGUUCCACCUUCAAGUAUGGGCGACAGCAUUCUUUCCUCACUCUCUGCAGUCCUUCCCAGCAGAGGGUCAAAACCUACAGAACAGCCCAGCCAGUCAGAUCCAGCACAGGGCAUCAGUGAAGACGCACACACGGUGACAUUUGUGGAUGAUGUUGCAGUUGAGAUAAUUACAGUGACUGAUUAUGCAGAGGUUGAAUUGGGUCCAAGCAGUGAUAUUGAAGUGGUGAUGGGAGAAAACUGCUUUGAAGGAAGAGUUGCUAACACAGUGGCUGAAGAUUUGCUGGUAGCACUUCCUGAAGAGAAAGCCAAGGAAGAGGGGUCAGGUGAAACAGAGGAGGAAGAUACACAAGAAAAGACAAACGUUCAUUCAGAAGUAAACGAGGUCGACUGGACAUCCUCUCAACAUGGAAUACCUGCAGGACCGCAUGACUGCCCAGACUGUGAGAAGAAAUUUAAGUUUGCCUCUUCACUAAUUGCCCACAGAGUCAUCCACACCGGGGAGCGCCCUCACCGCUGCGGCGACUGCGGCCGCUGCUUCUCCUUCAGGCAGUCCCUCGACAGACACAGGCACACACACAAAACCGGACGCAAGUACGACUGCAUCAUCUGCGGGGAGACCUUCCACUCCCUGUCGGCCCGCACAGAGCACAAGCAAACACACAUGAAAGACUGCGUUUACACGUGUCAUCAAUGCAACAAAAAAUUCAACUGGGAGCUGUCGCUCGCGAGGCAUCUAAAAACUCACACUGAUGAGCACAGUGCAAAUGUGCCUACAGAUGAUCCCCGCGAGGAUGGGCAAGCCUUUGAGAUAGCUGAGGCCAACUUUAGUGAGGCUAAUGUUGAACUCUCUGAAUCGGACUGCCAGGUGCAAGCCAAUGAUAACUGUGGCCCAGAGGGUGAGCGAGAUAAGAGCGGAGAGCAUCCCACUUCUCAGCCUAAGGGUCUCAUCUCUGAAUCUGACAAUGAUGUCACCACCCCAGGCAAGGUUCGUACAAGUGGGCGCAAACGCAGACCAACCAUGAAGAUCCAGCUGAUAAAUUUACAGAAGCAAAUGAUGGCUAAAAACAGGAAAGAGAUCACCAGGGCGAACCCCCCUCCACUGAAGCCUUUGCCUUUCAGCUGUGCAGAACACUCGUAUGGGUCACCCAUGGUCUCAUCAAAGGAUGCUGAUGACAGUUCUGCAGCAGAUGGAGGAGUAGAUGCUUUCUCCUGUCCCACAUGCUCCUUCCAUCACUCAGAAGAAGCACAGGUUCAGCAGCACAUUGAUGAGGUUCACUCUGUCAAGACCACUGAGGACAGGUCGUCCCUUCAGGCCCUCACAGAUGAAGAGGGAUAUUUUAGUUGUGCAGACUGUGAGAAAAGCUUCAGGUUCCAUUCUUUACUAAGAGCUCACCAGCGCAUCCACACAGGAGAGCAGCCCUUCGCUUGCUCUCAGUGCGGUCGGUGUUUCUCUUUUAAACAGUCGCUGGAGAGGCACAAGCAGACGCAUGCCUCAGGACGCCAGUACGAAUGUGUGAUCUGUGGAGAGGUCUUCAAGUCCUUGGCUGCUCAAAAAGAGCACAAGAGCACCCACAUGGAAAACGGCGAGUACCUGUGCUCGGAGUGUGGGCGGGCGUUCGCCUGGAAAUCGGCACUGGUGAGGCACCUAAAGACCCACAGCGUGGAUGCUGACAAGUCAGAGGAGUCUUACAAAUGCCCUCGCUGUGAUUUGGGUUUCAGCUGUGUCAGCUACCUCAACAGGCACCUCCAGACUCAUCAAGAAGAAAGAGUUCAUGCCUGCAACUGUGGAAAGAGCUUUGCCUACCGGGCAGCUCUUACCGCACACCAGCGGAUUCAUCAGAAAGAGCGGCCACACAUAUGCACACAGUGUGGCAAGGGCUUCCUCUACAAGGGUGGUCUGCUGAGCCACAUGAAGAUCCACUCAGAGGAAAUGCCAUUCAUGUGUGCGUUCUGCGGCAAGAGCUUCAAGAGAGAACGUAACAUGAAGAAACACGAGCGCUGCCACACCAGGGAAAACGUUUUCAGCUGCUCACAGUGUGACAAGAGUUUCGUGUACAAGGCGACACUAAUCAGACACGAGCUGACGCAUUCGGGUGAGAGGCCGUACCUCUGCUCCGACUGUGGGAAGGGUUUCUUCUCCCACGCCGAGCUUUUGAAGCACGAGCGAUUCCACACGGGCCACAAGCCCUUCCAGUGCCCCCACUGUGGUAAGAAGUUCACUCAGUCUUGCUACCUUACCAUCCAUCUGCGCUACCACACCGGAGUCCGGCCGUACUCCUGCAACGAGUGUGACAAGAGCUUCCUGAGCGCCAACCGCCUGAAGAGACACCAGCGAACACAUUCAGGGGAGAAACCAUAUGUCUGUGGAGAAUGUGGGAAGGGUUUCAGGCAGUCUUAUAAUCUCAAAAUGCAUCAACGGACACACGUCAUGAAGUUAACAUAGAAAUGAUUUCCAUUAUAUUGACUGCAUUUGAAUUCUAGACCAUGUUGCCGGUAAAGUACACUGACUAGAAGUUUGUGUUUGUGACUCUGUAGUCUCAUCUUGGCUUAAAUUCCUCAAACAAUAAAAAGAACAAGGUCCUACAUAA